AGGCAGUGAACCGGUGUCCGUUCCCGUGUGUUGUGUGUGUGUGAUCAGCGCCGCAGACAGACAGACAUGUCCCGCAAGUCAGGCUCUCGUUCCUCCUCCAAGAGGUCCAAGAAAUCCGGAGGAGGAAGCAAUGUGUUCGACAUGUUCACGCAGCGGCAGGUGGCCGAGUUCAAGGAGGGCUUCCAGCUGAUGGACCGCGACAAGGACGGCGUCAUCGGCAAGACCGAUCUGCGCGGAACCUUCGACGAGAUCGGCCGCAUCGCCACAGACCAGGAGCUCGACGAGAUGCUGGCCGACGCGCCCGCGCCCAUUAACUUCACCAUGCUGCUCAACAUGUUCGCGGAGCGGCAGACGGGCGAGAGCGACGACGACGACGUGGUGGCGAAGGCCUUCCUGGCGUUCGCCGACGAGACUGGCAACAUCGACUGCGACACCUUCCGCCACGCCCUCAUGACCUGGGGCGACAAGUUCUCCUCGCAGGAAGCCGACGACGCUCUCGACCAGAUGGACAUCGAUGACGGAGGCAAGAUCGACGUCCAAAGCGUCAUCCAGAUGCUCACAGCCGGCGGCGGAGACGACGCGGCCGCCGAGGAGGCCUAAAGUGGAAGUCCUUUUGAAAGUCCUUGAGAUCCUUUCUGACCCUCUUCCCUUCCUCAGAGUUCCUCCGUCCUCACCCCCCGCCCCCCGCCCCCUGGCCCCUACCCCCCUUCUCCUCGGAAACUCUCCUCCCCUCACACGCAAGGCACGCACCCACACACACGCCCUCACGCACGCUCACGCCUUCGUCCGCACGUUCCUGGUCCUCCCCUCACAAGCCCGCCCUUCCGCCCACCCUGAGGUUGUCCGUCACUGCCAGUGGGGCGUGCUUCGUCCUGAGAUUCCCCCCCCGCCCCCCCGCCCCUCCCUCCCUCCUGCUCCCUCCCUUCUCCUUCUGGUGCUGUGACUGUUGCCGACGAAAUGAUCACUGCUCGGUGACACCCCGGGGAAAGGAACGGAAAAAAAGAAUACGGAGAGAAGAAACAGGAGAGAGCGAGGAAAUGCGAAAUGGAGAGAUACCAAAACAAAGAAAAGGAAAAGACAAGCGAUAAACGAAGGCAUAUUCUAUAGUGAUCUACGAUAUAUUUAUUGUUGGAAUUAAUCGUACUUAAAUAAAGUAUAAGUUGGAUAAAGA